AUGGCUUCACCAUAUCGACGCUCCGAGCCCUCGAGGUCCAGCCCUGCCCGACACACGAAUGGUCUUCAUCGCUCGCACAGGGACAGUAUGACCGUCAACGGCUCCUCGACACUUCUCGAGGAACUUUCCCAGCUUCUCAUAGACGACGAUCGCGCAUUUAGGAAGGAGCUUGACGACCAAUCGCUCAAGCAACAGAAGCUCCACGUUGAAGCACUCGAGAAAGCGCUGGCUCAGCAUGAAGCUGUCAGGAGGUCUGCAGAGCAGAUGCACGAAAAAAUCCAGAUCGAGAUUGAAGCAGAACGCAAGCGACAGGAAGCCGAGGCGGAGCGCCAGCUGGACGAGGCGCGGCGAAUCGCUGCCCAGCAGGAACAGCAGCGUCAGGAGGAGCGCCAAGCACGUGAGACGGCCUUGAAGCGACAGCAGGAACAGGUAGCACAGCGUGCAGCGGCCAAGAAGAAAGAGGAGGAAGAAGCAGAGCAAGCCCGCCAGAGGGCAGCGAAGGAGAAGGAGGAUGCGGAAAGGAAGGCCAGGGAGCAGGCUGAAGCGCAAAAGGCCGCCCAGGAACAGAAGGCAGACGCCGAGAAGCAAGCCGCGGCGGCAGCGGCAGCUUCUGCCGCUGCUCCUACUCCAACGCAGGCCGCGACUAGUCAGGCGAAUGGUAUUGGAGCUGCUGGGCCAUGUUCGACCACAUUGACAGAAGCGCCUGCGAGAUUACUGCCCACUGGGAUCGUGACAGCUACCUCAGAACGUGAUGCCAUAAACCAAGCCUAUCGCGAGAUCCACAAAAAACUCAAGGAUGUACGAAAGCAGGUCGAGGAGCUAGGGAGACUCGACAGCAAUUUCAAGGAACUGAUGAGCGGCGCAAGUCGUGAAAUAACGCAGACUGUUGGUCAGCUGAAUAUGGCGAACAAGUCGGUCAACGCGCAGAAGACUCGCAAGGUUAAAGCCAUACUUGAGACUGCUGUAAAGAUGGACGCGCCAAGGGUGGACGCAUCUCGCUUUCUCCAUCCGGCCCCCGAAGAACCAGUCGAGGUGCCGUUGACAUUCAUCUACAUCGUCAACAUUUUUGUCAAAAGCACCUUGAAAGCACUGAACACGGAGGUCUCAACUAAACCUCCAAGUGACCGAGCUGCUUCCGCGGACCCUCUGGGCAUCAUGGUGGCACAAAUCUUUGCUCUGCCGGAAUUUUAUGUCAAGCAACGGUCCCUAAUCGACAUCCUUUGGGCGAAGCUCCACGUCGCAUGUCCUAUGCUCUUCGGAUUACCAUACGUCCAGGGGCAGAAAGGCAUCAGGAAUACUCCGGCUGCAUACGCUUCUGGUUUUGCGGCAAUCACGCUUCGCGACUUCUCGAACUCUGUCCGCCAAAAUCCGGCACCCAAUAGACUCUUCUGGGAAUCGUUCGCUCGCGUACUGAACCUGCCGCCGGAUGAUCGGAAACGGUCUCAGUACGAGAUCUUGACAUCGUUCCUCUCGCCUGGUUUUGUUGAACGCUUCAUCAAGUUCUACGGACAGGCAGCGAUCGUUGUGCUGAGGAUGGCAUUGGAUGAGUUUCCGGCGCAUGUGAUGGCGCAGGGCCCGGAUCCAAACAAGGUUCGUCCAUACGCACUCAUUCUACAGGGUAUGAAGUACAAUCUGGAUACCGCACUAUGUCUCAGCUUGUAG